CAUUUUCUAAAAUUUGAGGCCGUGCACUUGGAAUUUUCUUCAUUAUACGCCACCUUAGUCCUUACCCACACUGUGUAGUUCAUACACACCAAUUUUCCUUUUACAAGAAACACAUAAUACGCCACCUUCUUCGUCCUCUUUCGUCGCACGGCUGCCGGUUAUUUUGGCACAUUGAUUCCCAUUCUCUGUAUCAGCUUUUCAAAAGUGUCGUCCAGACGGAUGUUGGCGGUUUCAUAUGCCAUUCCGUCUUGCUGCAUUAACAGAUUUUAUAUCCGAGAAUUUUCAAGUUCUCUUCAACCGGCCCUCCACCACCCCUGGUACAAGAAGAGAUUCGGGUGCUGCUCCACCAAUCAGGAAAAUUGCAGUUUAGGUUCUCCCACACAUCUCCCUAGAAUGCCAGGAGGGGAUUUGAGUGUUGCACCAUCAGUGGGUCAUUUAACAGCAAAUAACGAGGCGUGGUUGUGGGAUCAGAUAAAGGGUGAAGCCCGUCGUGAUGCUGAUUCAGAGCCUGCACUUGCCUCUUAUCUAUACUCCACAAUCCUUUCACACUCCUCUCUAGAACGGUCACUCUCCUUCCACCUAGGAAACAAGCUGUGUUCCUCCACUUUGCUGUCAACUCUUCUUUAUGAUCUCUUCCUUAACAUCUUAUCAUCUGAUUCUUCUCUGCUUGAUGCUGUUGUUGCUGAUUUACGUGCUGCCAGAGUACGUGACCCAGCUUGUGUAUCCUUUUCUCACUGCCUUCUAAACUACAAGGGGUUCUUAGCAUGUCAAUCACACCGUGUGGCCCACAAACUAUGGAAUCAAGAUAGACGGCCUCUUGCACUUGCACUUCACUCCAGAAUAUCUGAUGUAUUUGCUGUUGAUAUCCACCCUGCUGCUAGAAUUGGGAAGGGGAUACUCUUUGAUCAUGCUACUGGUGUUGUUAUUGGAGAGACAGCAAUAAUUGGUGACAACUGUUCGAUAUUACAUCACGUGACACUUGGUGGAACAGGAAAAGCUGGAGGUGACCGUCACCCAAAAGUCGGUGAUGGAGUUUUAAUAGGUGCUGGGGCAACAAUCCUGGGUAAUGUUAGGAUUGGUGAUGGAGCAAAGAUAGGUGCAGGAUCAGUAGUGCUCAUUGAUGUUCCUCCUAGAACAACAGCUGUGGGUAAUCCAGCUAGAUUAAUCGGUGGCAAAGAGAAACCGUCACAGAAUUCAGAUGUUCCUGGAGAGUCUAUGGAUCACACUUCAUUUAUUUCAGAGUGGUCCGAUUAUAUCAUUUAAUAAUAUCAUAGAUACAAUCAAUAUAUGUAUAAAUUAUUAAUUAUUUGCUGAGAAUUUGGACUGUUACUUUGGAUCAAUCCUUGGAUUUCUGUCUUCUGCAUCAAUCUAUGUAUGCCAAAACUUUGCUUGGCCA